CGCUGUGCGCGUCUCCGUGUGUCGGGGAGAGUGGGGGGGAAGAGAUGGAGAAGAUAUGCGUGGCGGUGAGAGUGCGGCCGUUCGUGGCGGCGGCGGAGGAGCCCUUCAACGGCACCUUCUGGAAGGUCGAGGACAACCGCGUCUCCCUCCACCGGCCUCACGGCACUCCCGUCUCCGGCCUCUCCUUUGCCUUCGAUCACAUCUUCGACGAGAGCUGCACGAACGCCGCGGUGUACGAGCUCCUCACCAAGGACGUGAUCCGCGCCGCGGUCGAGGGCUUCAACGUGGUAGUUUCUUCUAUGGAAUUGAGGUGGAGCUUAGUGUCUGUCUUGGAUAUAAUCUCAGGAACGGCAUUUGCAUAUGGACAGACCAGCAGCGGGAAGACUUUCACGAUGAAUGGCUCGGACGCUGACCCUGGAAUUAUCCGCCUCGCUGUUAGAGAUGUAUUUGAGAAAAUAAACACGAUGUCGGACCGCGAGUUUCUUAUCCGUGUGUCCUACAUGGAGAUAUACAACGAAGAGAUAAAUGACCUUCUUGCUGUGGAGAACCAGAAAUUGCAGAUACAUGAAAGCUUAGAGAGAGGCAUUUUUGUCGCAGGCCUUAAAGAGGCAAUUGUCAACAAUGAGGAUCAAGUGCUUAAGCUUAUAGAGUCAGGAGAAGUCAAUAGACACUUUGGCGAAACCAACAUGAAUGCUCGGAGCAGUCGAUCUCACACGAUAUUUAGAAUGGUCAUCGAAAGCAGAGCGAAAGACAUAAGUUGCGAUAACUCAACCUCCGAUACUAUCCGAGUCUCAGUCUUGAACUUGGUGGAUUUGGCCGGCUCUGAGCGUAUUGCAAAAACUGGAGCUGGUGGAGUGCGUCUUAAGGAAGGGAAGCACAUUAACAAAAGCUUAAUGGUUUUGGGUAAUGUCAUCAACAAACUAAGUGAAGGUGCCAAGCAGAGAGGACAUAUCCCUUAUCGCGAUAGUAAGCUUACUCGCAUUCUACAACCUGCUCUUGGUGGUAAUGCGAAGACUUCAAUUAUAUGCACUAUAGCUCCAGAAGAGGUUCACAUUGAAGAAACAAAAGGUACUCUUCAGUUUGCUAGCAGAGCCAAGCGCAUUAUAAACUGCGCUCAAGUAAACGAGAUUUUGACAGAUGCUGCCUUACUGAAGAGACAAAAGUUAGAGAUAGAGGAGUUGCGUAAGAAACUUCAGGGAUCUCGUGGUGAAGUGCUGGAGCAAGAAAUUCUUAAAUUGCGGAAUGAAAUGCUUAAGUACGAAGUAGAGCGUGAGAAACUCGAAAUGGAGCUAGAAGAGGAGAGGAAGUCGCAUAAAAUACGUGAAGAAUGCAUCAGGGAGCAACAGAUGAAGAUUGACAACCUUAGUACUCUUCUCACCUGCUCUGACUACGAUAGGAACUCUAGCCAGGAUUCUGCAAAAGAUAGCCUUAUGGAUGAAUUUAAUGACAGCAACAGUAUUUGCCAAAGCGACUUCAGAACACCUUGCCAAAAGGCAGUUCCUGGUAAUUAUGUUGUCAAGCGAUCAAACUACUCGCGGCUGGUUGAAUGCAGCCCACUUCCAGAUCCACCAAACAAUGUUGUUGAUGAAGAUACGUGGUUCCAAAUGAAUAAAGGUUACAUAGCUGACCUGGAAUCAAUCCACAUGACUCCUGCUAGAAAAGUUCAAUCCUUCCCUCCAGCUAAUGAGACUCCAGGCACGGAUGAGAGCUACAGAAAAGAGCUUGAAGACCUCAGGAGACAACUAGAACUUGCUGUUGGAGAGAAAGAUGAUCUUAAGAGAAAACACAUGGAACAAGUCCAACUGAAUAAGCAAUUGAUUCAGGAGAUUUCCGAACUGCAAAAAGAAGCUCAUGUUUUUCAAGAGAUUCCUAAAAGACUGACCGAGUCAGUUGUAAACUGCAAAGAUGUACAUGCGGAUGUUCUAUCCAUUCUGCAGAGUUUUGUUGGUGAUGGGAAAUCUUCAGCUGGAAGGUUGCUUUCCAACACUGGUGACAUUGGCAACAUUCUUUUUUCUACUCUGGAAGCCCAUUUCUCAAUGUUUAUGGAGGACCACAGAUUAUGCUCCGAGGACGAUUCAUCAUUGCAAGAACAUUGCAGAAAGCUCUGUGAAAAAUUAAAUGAUACAGUUCUAUCACUAGCAUCAGAGCCACCAUCAACUGAAAGUGAACAUGGGAGGAGCUUUUCAUGCAACUUGGCGCACAAGGAUGGUGACCUGGGAGGAGAAAUGGCCGUCUGCAAGGAAAAUUUGAUUGCUGAAAUCAAUGCAAUCAAGGAUAAGUACCAUGGCAUUCAGAAAGAAUUAGAUGAAAGUAACCAGCUUUUGGGGGUUUCCAGAGACAAGUAUUGUAGAUUGGAAAGAGAUUUCCAGUUGUUGAAAGAAGAAAGAGAUUCAUUGCUCCAAUCGGUCUCUGAGUCUACUAGUAAAGUUUCAUUGGCUACUGAUCAGAGAGAAAAUGUUCUGAAGGACUUGAAUUGUGAAGUACGGAGAAGAAAGAAUCUUGAAGGAGAGAUUAAAAAGUUCAGUAUGGCUUUUGUUGGGCGGCAGAAUUCGUUAGCUUCUAUACAGAGUGAAGUAAGAUUGAAGCUAGAGAAGAUGAGUGAUGGUAAUACAAUUUCAGUUCCCAAAUCUCUUAGGGACUUGUGACAUGAGUCGAUGCUAACAGAAUGUGCGGUGCAGUUCCUCGUAAUAUCAAUUCUAUUGUAUCAUUACAUUAUUGGUGACCCCCUUUAUUUACUGAAUUAGUAUGCCUUAUUUUACAUAGUCUAA